UCUUGCCAACAUGGGCAAACCAUGGUGAAAAAAUAUCUACUCUUCCCGUUUCGUCACAUUCUAUAAAACCUAUUAUUUCUCUCUCAAAAUGAGUUUGUUUCGUGACCCUGUUUACUCGUUGAUACUAUGUAUUUUGCUCCAGGGCCUGACAACCUUGGGUAAUCAUCUCACCCCAAAAGUUUAUUACCUGGACGAAUUAUGUGGUAACGAAAGCUACCGUAACCUUAAAGUGUCCGGAGGAGGGACUAUCUACCUCUCAGGCCCUAAUAGCAUAUAUAACUCCAGCGAGGAUGGAUGUAGCGUCGUUUUAGAGAGCAUUGUCAGGGGUGGAUACUGGGACAUCCGGUUAGCGGAUAUCAGCUUGCUUCCUGAAGACGAUACACUCCGUAUAAUAGGAUAUUCAGAUGAUGUUAGACAGAUUUAUUAUGAUCACACAGACUGCGCUCAGGUUCCGAACACAUCAACUGCAGACCCGCAGGACGACAGUCGUCGAACCACUAACAACGAAACGCCAGGAAGCGACAAUGCAAGAAAAGCUCCAUCAGCGCAUAAUAACCCUUCGGGUCUGAUAUCGCCGACAUAUGACAGCAACCCUACGCCUUAUUCUUGCGAUGGGCAGCUGCCGAGGAUUCUCGAAGAAAAUAUUGAGAUAUUAGUCAAAGUGGCAGCCACAGCUAGCGCAGAAGGAGUAGAGAAGGUCAACUUUACAAUACGUUACAAUGCAGAUAUUGACUGCACGACCAAUGAAUUCAAAUGCACAGAGAUCCCACAAUGUGUGAAUUACUUCAGCCGCUGUGAUAAUGUGAUCAACUGUAUUGACGGCACGGAUGAAAGGAAUUGCACGGAUGACGAGCGGUGCCGUCCGGGCUACCUCCCAUGCCCGGGCGAAGAUCACUGUAUCCUUCCAGUGGAUCGCUGCGAUGGAUAUGGCGAUUGUAAAGAUCAUAUCGACGAAGCCGGAUGUUUAAGUAUACACUUCAACCUCUCGAAGCAUCCUUUGAUCAUUGCCACCUUUUUUUUCGGGAUAAUUGCAAUCGUUCUGGUUGCAACAGUGAUAUCAUAUCAACUCUACUGGCAGCGUAAACUGAAGCAGAUUGAGCGAUAUCGUCACGUGCAGAUGGAGGAUUUGCACGAGAUCGUGAAUCGACGAGACUCUGACGUCAGCAACCACCACGACCAUCAAGACGAUAACUUAGAACUUUAUUCAAUAUGAGGUCUGGCGAGCUUUUCAACUGACAUGACUGGAGUUCAAAGAUAUUCCUGCCCAAUGCAUGUACGCACGGACUUCUGUGAUGUACAGAGUGUUGUCGAGUUACCUGACAUUGCGCAAUUGCCUGACAUUGACACCAGAUUCCACACCGCAGCACUGUUGAAUAUCAAGUGGAAUUGUUAGAACAGUUUAGUUAUCUCACAGCUCGAAAAUCCUAAUAAGAGGAUUUUUAGAAGUUUUACUGAGUCUUCCAACUAAGAAUCUUACAAGAAUCGUGUAGAGAUUGUAGUUGAACAUGUAUACGAACUGAUAAGACCUUAACUAAAAGUCUUAUGGGGAUUUUACGCGGGUUGGAAUUCGAAUACAGCACACACUUAAUAGAGUCAACAAGCAUUAAAAUCUUCACGAUAUUGGAACUUCUUUGUCUCAAACUGCAGACGAAACCUGCAAUUUGAGGUCCAUAAUGUAAGAAAACUCUUCAAUCUAACAGUAUUUUGAAGGGAUUAUUUUCAAGAACUAUUGACUGACUCUGGCGGUCUAGCAUCAGCAGCAUUAUUGUAUCUUUCUUGUAACUAAAAUUAAAAAUGUAUAAAGUGUAUUCUACAUGAUUGGCAUGAAUUUGUGAAUAAUGUGAUAUGUUACAAUAAAUUAUCGAAGUUGGUACAUGUAC